GCGGGCUCGAGUCAUUUUUUGCGAGGCGAACUUUGUGGCUCAAGCGAUUCGCAAAGAUCUUCGCGGAGAAUGACCGAGCUGCCCGCAGCGGGCAUCGCCAGACCCAGCGCACAUGGUUCCACAAAGUCUUUGGGCAGACCUCACGUGGCUCCCAAAGCUGCCGUCCGGUGGAGCGUGGACAUUCCCAUUUUCACCAACGUGCACGCACAGGACUGCCCAUUUUUCGGGGAGUUUGUGUGGAGAUUUUGAAGCAGGAUGUCCGAAGUACCUGGUCAAGGAUGCCAAACGGCCGCUGUCCAUCCGCUGUCUUCGAGGUUGGUGGCGGCUGAGACAAGUCCUUCUGCCUGCGGCCUACGGCCUUCACCUGUUUGAAGGAGCUUGUCAUUGACACUGACCAAGCCUGGUUGGGUGCUUUUCGGAAGCUCUGGUCAAGAUCGACGUUCACUUCCUGAUUGCAAACGUGGCUUUGGAGUUCCCAGGUGGAAAGCCUCCCCAGGAUUGGUGCUUGACGAUGUGGCUGCUGAUCUGCCAGCACAAGAUGUGAUGCCAGUCUUGGUGCCAAAAGCCCUUUGUCGAAACUUGGUCCAUCAAUAGCUGCCCUGCUUGGAACGCCAGCGCAUGCGAACCACUCCGCUGCCAAUGCCUUCAUGGACUCCUUGGCUUCCAUUCUUUCUUGCGUGAGUCCGAACGACGAGCUGGUGUAGCUUGCAAACCGCCACAUUGCUUGGACAACUGAGCACUCAAGCCCCUUGCUUGAGCAAGUCUACUGUUGCAAACGCCCCACGGCAAUGUCUUGGGAUUUCUACAUGUUCGGUUGUCGGGUGGUUGAUGCACUUGGGCAACUGAUGGAUUGUGUGGUCUCGCUGUGGGCCUGGACUCUUUUGGGGAGCCGGCAGGUGGGGUCGGCAGAAGGCCUCCAAGCUUUGCAGGCAGCGCAGCACAGACCUGUUUCGCAGCGCAGACCUUCGAGGUCCUUUCAUGCCAGCAGGCGCCGGCCGAGAAAAAAAAGAAAAACAGGCCCGGAAGAUGGAUGGGAAAAAGCGGAACGCCAUCCGAUCAACACAGUCUCUGAGGAGCUGACGGAGGCUCUGAAGAGAACCUUGUGCCUUGUGCACUGGCCCUGGUUGCUCCAUGUGCACAUCAGCUGCAAGGAGAGAGCGGAAAGUCACAAGCUGCGAUCUUCAUGGCAGUCGUGGCAUAAAAGGGCCGGUCGAGCUGAGACGGUUGAGCCACGGUGCAGUUUUGGUCGAAUCGUUUGUGCAGAAAAACAUGAGUAAACAUGUUGAGGUCUUCAACUUGGUGUCGAGUGUGAACGAAAAGACAACUUGAUGAGCUGAAGAAGCCCACAGGAAGCAAAAGCUCAUCCUGUCCGCUGUUGGGCUCAAAAGAUUUGCUCCACCCAAGAUCGCUGCCGAAGCCG